AUGAAGGGCAAAGCAGCGGUGCACUCCUUCUUAAAGCCGCCCGUGGCUCAAGGAAAGUGUGGCAGAAGUCAUGGCCCCAAAGAAGUGCUCCAUCUCCGGCAGCAGCAGAGGACCUUCAGGACCCACGCCCCCAGGCUCGCCUACGCCAAGGACCUGUUCCUGGGACAAGUGAACAAGAACGAGGUUUUCCCUUAUCCUGAAAUCUCUAACGAUGAAGUGGAGGAGGUGGCUCAGCUGGUGGCUCCUGUGGAGAGAUACUUCGCUGAAGAAGUGGACUCUGCGAGGAUCGACAGAGAAGCAAAGAUUCCUCCUGAAACUCUGACUGGACUCAAAGAACUGGGGCUGUUCGGGAUGCAGAUCCCAGAGGAGUACGGUGAGACACUCAUCAUGGGUGCAGAUCCCAGAGGAGUACGAUCCCAGAGGAGUACGGUGAGACACUCAUCAUGGGUUCAGAUCCCAGAGGAGUACUGUGAGACACUCAUCAUGGGUUCAGAUCCCAGAGGAGUACGAUCCCAGAGGAGUACGGUGAGACACUCAUCAUGGGUGCAGAUCCCAGAGGAGUACGGUGAGACACUCAUCAUGGGUUCAGAUCCCAGAGGAGUACGAUCCCAGAGGAGUACGGUGAGACACUCAUCAUGGGUUCAGAUCCCAGAGGAGUACGGUGAGACACUCAUCAUGGGUUCAGAUCCCAGAGGAGUACGAUCCCAGAGGAGUACGGUGAGACACUCAUCAUGGGUUCAGAUCCCAGAGGAGUACGGUGAGACACUUUCAUCAUGGGUUCAGGUCCCAGAGGAGUACGGUGAGACACUCAUCAUGGGUUCAGAUCCCAGAGGAGUACGAUCCCAGAGGAGUACGGUGAGACACUCAUCAUGGGUGCAGAUCCCAGAGGAGUACGGUGAGGCACUCAUCAUGGGUUCUGAUCCCAGAGGAGUACGAUCCCAGAGGAGUACGGUGAGACACUCAUCAUGGAUUCAGAUCCCAGAGGACUACAGUGAGACACUUUCAUCAUGGGUUCAGAUCCCAGAGGAGUACGGUGAGACGCUCAUCAUGGGUGCAGAUCCCAGAGGAGUACGAUCCCAGAGGAGUACGGUGAGACACUCAUCAUGGGUUCAGAUCCCAGAGGAGUACGGUGAGACACUCAUCAUGGGUGCAGAUCCCAGAGGAGUACGAUCCCAGAGGAGUACGGUGAGACACUCAUCAUGGGUUCAGAUCCCAGAGGAGUACGGUGAGACACUUUCAUCAUGGGUUCAGAUCCCAGAGGAGUACGGUGAGACACUCAUCAUGGGUUCAGAUCCCAGAGGAGUACGAUCCCAGAGGAGUACGGUGAGACACUCAUCAUGGGUGCAGAUCCCAGAGGAGUACGGUGAGACACUCAUCAUGGGUUCAGAUCCCAGAGGAGUCCCAGAGGAGUACGGUGAGACACUCAUCAUGGGUUCAGAUCCCAGAGGAGUACGAUCCCAGAGGAGUACGGUGAGACACUCAUCAUGGGUGCAGAUCCCAGAGGAGUACGGUGAGACACUCAUCAUGGGUUCUGAUCCCAGAGGAGUACGAUCCCAGAGGAGUACGGUGAGACACUCAUCAUGGAUUCAGAUCCCAGAGGACUACAGUGAGACACUUUCAUCAUGGGUUCAGAUCCCAGAGGAGUACGGUGAGACGCUCAUCAUGGGUGCAGAUCCCAGAGGAGUACGAUCCCAGAGGAGUACGGUGAGACACUCAUCAUGGGUGCAGAUCCCAGAGGAGUACAGUGAGACACUUUCAUCAUGGGUUCAGGUCCCAGAGGAGUACGGUGAGACACUCAUCAUGGGUUCAGAUCCCAGAGGAGUACGAUCCCAGAGGAGUACGGUGAGACACUCAUCAUGGGUUCUGAUCCCAGAGGAGUACGGUGAGACACUCAUCAUGGGUUCAGAUCCCAGAGGAAUCCCAGAGGACUACAGUGAGACACUUUCAUCAUGGGUUCAGAUCCCAGAGGAGUACGGUGAGACGCUCAUCAUGGGUUCAGAUCCCAGAGGAGUACGGUCCCAGAGGAGUACGGUGAGACACUCAUCAUGGGUGCAGAUCCCAGAGGAGUACGGUGAGACACUUUCAUCAUGGGUUCAGGUCCCAGAGGAGUACGAUGAGACACUCAUCAUGGGUUCAGAUCCCAGAGGAGUACGAUCCCAGAGGAGUACGGUGAGACACUCAUCAUGGAUUCAGAUCCCAGAGGACUACAGUGAGACACUCAUCAUGGGUUCAGAUCCCAGAGGAGUACGAUCCCAGAGGAGUACGGUGAGACACUCAUCAUGGGUGCAGAUCCCAGAGGAGUACGGUGAGACACUCCUCAUGGGUUCAGAUCCCAGAGGAGUACGGUGUGACACUCAUCAUGGGUUCAGAUCCCAGAGGAGUACGAUCCCAGAGGAGUACUGUGAGACACUCAUCAUGGGUUCAGAUCCCAGAGGAGUACGAUCCCAGAGGAGUACGGUGAGACACUCAUCAUGGGUGCAGAUCCCAGAGGAGUACGGUGAGACACUCAUCAUGGGUUCAGAUCCCAGAGGAGUACGAUCCCAGAGGAGUACGGUGAGACACUCAUCAUGGGUGCAGAUCCCAGAGGAGUACGGUGAGACACUCAUCAUGGGUGCAGAUCCCAGAGGAGUACGAUCCCAGAGGAGUACGGUGAGACACUCAUCAUGGGUUCUGAUCCCAGAGGAGUACGGUGAGACACUCAUCAUGGGUUCAGAUCCCAGAGGAGUACGAUCCCAGAGGAGUACGGUGAGACACUCAUCAUGGGUUCAGAUCCCAGAGGAGUACGGUGAGACACUCAUCAUGGGUGCAGAUCCCAGAGGAGUACGAUCCCAGAGGAGUACGGUGAGACACUCAUCAUGGGUUCAGAUCCCAGAGGAGUACGGUGAGACACUUUCAUCAUGGGUUCAGAUCCCAGAGGAGUACGGUGAGACACUCAUCAUGGGUGCAGAUCCCAGAGGAGUACAAUCCCAGAGGAGUACGGUGAGACACUCAUCAUGGGUUCAGAUCCCAGAGGAGUACGGUGAGACACUUUCAUCAUGGGUGCAGAUCCCAGAGGAGUACGGUGAGACACUCAUCAUGGGUUCUGAUCCCAGAGGAGUACGAUCCCAGAGGAGUACGGUGAGACACUCAUCAUGGGUUCAGAUCCCAGAGGAGUACGGUGAGACACUCAUCAUGGGUGCAGAUCCCAGAGGAGUACGAUCCCAGAGGAGUACGGUGAGACACUCAUCAUGGAUUCAGAUCCCAGAGGACUACAGUGAGACAUUUUCAUCAUGGGUUCAGAUCCCAGAGGAGUACGGUGAGACACUCAUCAUGGGUUCAGAUCCCAGAGGAGUACGAUCCCAGAGGAGUACGGUGAGACACUCAUCAUGGAUUCAGAUCCCAGAGGACUACAGUGAGACACUUUCAUCAUGGGUUCAGAUCCCAGAGGAGUACGGUGAGACGCUCAUCAUGGGUGCAGAUCCCAGAGGAGUACGAUCCCAGAGGAGUACGGUGAGACACUCAUCAUGGGUGCAGAUCCCAGAGGAGUACAGUGAGACACUUUCAUCAUGGGUUCAGGUCCCAGAGGAGUACGGUGAGACACUCAUCAUGGGUUCAGAUCCCAGAGGAGUACGAUCCCAGAGGAGUACGGUGAGACACUCAUCAUGGGUGCAGAUCCCAGAGGAGUACGGUGAGACACUCAUCAUGGGUUCUGAUCCCAGAGGAGUACGAUCCCAGAGGAGUACGGUGAGACACUCAUCAUGGAUUCAGAUCCCAGAGGACUACAGUGAGACACUUUCAUCAUGGGUUCAGAUCCCAGAGGAGUACGGCGAGACGCUCAUCAUGGGUUCAGAUCCCAGAGGAGUCCCAGAGGAGUACGGUGAGACACUUUCAUCAUGGGUUCAGAUCCUAGAGGAGUACGGUGAGACACUCAUCAUGGGUGCAGAUCCCAGAGGAGUACGAUCCCAGAGGAGUACGGUGAGACACUCAUCAUGGGUGCAGAUCCCAGAGGAGUACGGUGAGACACUCAUCAUGGGUUCAGAUCCCAGAGGAGUACGAUCCCAGAGGAGUACGGUGAGACACUCAUCAUGGGUUCAGAUCCCAGAGGAGUACGGUGAGACACUCAUCAUGGUUCAGAUCCCAGAGGAGUACGGUGAGACACUCAUCAUGGGUUCAGAUCCCAGAGGAGUACGAUCCCAGAGGAGUACGGUGAGACGCUCAUCAUGGGUGCAGAUCCCAGAGGAGUACGGUGAGACACUCAUCAUGGGUUCAGAUCCCAGAGGAGUACGAUCCCAGAGGAGUACGGUGAGACACUCAUCAUGGGUGCAGAUCCCAGAGGAGUACAGUGAGACACUUUCAUCAUGGGUUCAGGUCCCAGAGGAGUACGGUGAGACACUCAUCAUGGGUUCAGAUCCCAGAGGAAGGAGUACGGUGAGACACUCAUCAUGGGUUCAGAUCCCAGAGGAGUACGGUGAGACACUUUCAUCAUGGGUUCAGAUCCCAGAGGAAUCCCAGAGGAGUACGGUGAGACGCUCAUCAUGGGUUCAGAUCCCAGAGGAGUACGGUGAGACACUUUCAUCAUGGGUUCAGAUCCCAGAGGAGUACGGUGAGACACUCAUCAUGGGUUCAGAUCCUAGAGGAGUACGGUCCCAGAGGAGUACGGUGAGACACUCAUCAUGGGUGCAGAUCCCAGAGGAGUACAGUGAGACACUUUCAUCAUGGGUUCAGGUCCCAGAGGAGUACGGUGAGACACUCAUCAUGGGUUCAGAUCCCAGAGGAGUACGAUCCCAGAGGAGUACGGUGAGACACUCAUCAUGGAUUCAGAUCCCAGAGGACUACAGUGAGACACUUUCAUCAUGGGUUCAGAUCCCAGAGGAGUACGGUGAGACGCUCAUCAUGGGUUCAGAUCCCAGAGGAAUCCUAGAGGAGUACGGUGAGACACUUUCAUCAUGGGUUCAGGUCCCAGAGGAGUACGGUGAGACACUCAUCAUGGGUGCAGAACUGCAGAUCCCAGAGGAGUACAGUGAGACACUUUCAUCAUGGGUUCAGGUCCCAGAGGAGUACGGUGAGACACUCAUCAUGGGUUCAGAUCCCAGAGGAGUACGAUCCCAGAGGAGUACGGUGAGACACUCAUCAUGGGUUCAGAUCCCAGAGGAGUACGGUGAGACACUUUCAUCAUGGGUUCAGAUCCCAGAGGAGUACGGUGAGACACUUUCAUCAUGGGUUCAGAUCCUAGAGGAGUACGGGGGUCUGGGACUGUCCAACACCAUGUACGCUCGGAUCGCUGAGAUCACAGCCUUAGACGGCUCCAUCGCGGUGACGCUGGCGGCUCAUCAGGCCAUCGGGCUCAAGGGAAUCCUCAUCGCUGGGACCGAAGAGCAGAAGAACAAGUAUCUGCCCAGACUGGCCACAGGAGAACAUGUGGCAGCGUUCUGUCUGACGGAGCCGGGAAGUGGCAGUGACGCCGCCUCCAUCCAGACCAGAGCCACUCUGUCCCAGGACGGCUCACAUUAUCUGAUCAGCGGCUCCAAGAUUUGGAUUUCUAACGGAGGCUUCGCAGACGUCAUGACGGUGUUUGCUCGAACCGAAGUCGAAGACGGAGGAGUGAAAAAAGACAAGAUCACAGCCUUCAUUGUGGAGAGAGCGUACGGCGGCAUCACCAGCGGCAAACCAGAGGACAAGCUGGGGAUCCGAGGGUCCAACACGUGUGAAGUGGCCUUUGACAACGUCCCAGUCCCGGUGGAGAAUGUUAUCGGUGAAGUCGGAGGAGGAUUCAAAGUCGCUAUGAAUAUAUUAAACUCAGGACGCUUCAGUAUGGGAAGUUCUUCAGCUGGAAUGAUCAAGAAACUCAUCGAAUUGACGUCUGAGUACGCUGCUACACGGAAGCAGUUCAACAAGAGCCUGGGUGAAUUUGGAAUGGUCCAGGAGAAGUUUGCGGUGAUGGCCAUGAGCGCGUACGUGAUGGAGAGCAUGGCGUACCUCACAGCCGGGAUGAUGGACCGACCCGGGCUCCCAGACUGCUCUGUGGAAGCCGCCAUCGUCAAGAUCUUCAGCUCAGAGGGAGGCUGGGUCUGUGUGAGUGAAGCCCUGCAGGUCCUGGGGGGUCUGGGAUACACCAAGAACUAUCCUUUUGAGAGAUACGUCCGGGACUGUCGCAUCCUGCCCAUUUUUGAGGGGACCAAUGAGAUCCUGAGAAUGUACAUCUCUCUCACUGGGAUGCAGUACGCAGGAAAGAUUCUCACCGGGAAAAUCAAAGAGAUGAAGAAGGGGAACAUUGGUCUUGCUCUGGGGAUGGUGGGACAGAAGCUCAGGACGGCGAUGGGCGGCAGCGUGGACCACGGUCUGACCGGGAAGGACGGUCUGGUUCAUCCCAGUUUAGCAGAAAGUGCAAAGAUGUUGGAGCAGAACGUGUCGCUGUUCGGGACGACGGUGGAGAGUCUGCUCUACAGAUACGGGAAGACGGUGGUGGACGAGCAGCUGGUUCUGAAGCGUGUGGCAGACGUCCUCAUUAACCUUUACGCCAUGACCGCGGUUCUGUCCCGGACCAGCCGCUCCAUCAGCAUCGGGCUGCGGCACCACGACCACGAGGUGCUGCUGGCAAACACUUUCUGCACCGAGGCGCACUUUAAGAGCAAUUACCUGAUGGCGCAGCUGCAGAAGCACUCUCCAGAGAACAACGACGCCAACAUCAAGAAAAUCGCAAAAGUGGUUUUAGAAAACAGGUCAGAACCUUCUGACCACGCCCUGACCCCACCCCCUGGAGAGAACCCUCUGACCACGCCCCCACCCUCUGACCACGCCCUGACCCCCCCCCCUGGAGAGAACCUUCUGACCACGGGCUACCCCCACCCUCUGGAGAGAACCCUCUGA